UCCUCCGACACAUCCUUCUCAAAUUUCAACCAACACUCACUCUUCACUUUCUGUGAUUUAAUUUAGUGCGGUUGCAGAGGGAUUAUGAUGGAGACGCAACCACAGGAAAAUAUGCAGCAACCACCGGUGGUUUCUUCCAGCGACGGCACCGAUAAUCUACAAAAUGAUGCGGCGGUAGCUGAUGUUUCAAAUCACAUAGACACUGUAGCAAAAGAAGAAGUAAAAAGCGAUGCUUCAAGGGAUGAAGUUGUAAGGAUUCUACAAGCUAUUGCAUCCACCGGGAAGUUUUGGCAUGACUGGGAUAAUCUGAAGAGUAUGCUGUCAUUUCAGCUGAAGCAGGUAUUGUCCGAGUACCCUGAGGCAAAAUUGACAAGUGAGCAGCAAUGUGCUUCAUUAGGAGAGUCCUAUUCUGAUCUGGUCAACAAAUUGGAUGAAGCACUUACAUGUUUUAUUGAUGGCCCACCAUUUACAUUGCAAAGGGUCUGUGAGAUUCUAUUGGAGGCAAAAAACAUUUAUCCAAAUCUUUCCAAGCUUGCUUUAGCUCUUGAAAAGAAUUUGUUAGUUACAUCUACGUUGACAAUUUGCACUGAUCCUUAUCCACAAGAUCCAGUACAAGAACCAGAUGACCAAGAGAAGGCAAGUGAAAUGCAGCAGCAGCAAUCUGAUGGUGCACAAAAUGGCACUGAGACUGAGCCUGAGCCUCUUGUACCAGACACAGAUGAAGUUAUGGUUGAGGCUGAUACGAGUGAUGAUGUGGCCGUUGAAAUGGAAACUUUUGAAGAUGCUAAAUCAUCAGAAUUAGAUUCUGAGCCAAAUCUUGACCAAAAAACAGAUUCCGAGCAAAAUAUUGAUCAAAAAAUAGAUUCCGAGCCAAAUGCUAAUAAUGCACAAGCUUCUUGAUUAUUACUGUCCAUAUUUAAAUCUAUAAACCGAUGAGCAUAGACUCGGAUAUUUUCUCGCAGUGAGUUCCAAAUGCUGAGAACAAAGUGUUUUGGGAUCAUUUGAUAGUGUUUAAUGCUCUGGUCUGGUAAUAGUUAGAGCAAAGCAUUUCAUAGCAAUUAGAAUCAGAACAGCUUUCCUGUUUUGUAUCUAUUGGAUGCUAAUGCUUGUAUUAGUGACAUGAGCUUGUAUAACUCGGUGUAAUCUGCUUUUCAUUUGUGCUCUGAUGUUAUAUUCAAAAUUAGUUCUUGAACUUCGCAA